AUGGCUCGAGUCCUGUUAAUCGCUGCUGUCGUGCUUGCAAGCGUGAUGCUUGCCAGAGGACAGGAAAUUGAGCAUAAGAGAGAAAAACGAGCCAUCUGGAACUUUGCUUGGAUGAUCUGGAAAGUCGUGAGAAUAAAUCCGGCAGAGUACAGCGGCUACGGCUGUAACUGUUUAUUGACCGGUCAUGGAAAACCAGUCGAUGAUGUGGACAGGUGCUGUCAAGCUCACACAAAAUGCUACGAACAAGUCUACAAAAUGAAUUGCUCACCGGAUUGGGACCCGUAUUAUUUCUCCCUCAGAGGAAAAGCCAUACGCUGCACCCGUGGCGGACCGCCGUGCGACGUCCACACGUGCCGCUGCGACAAGGCUGCCGUGGAGUGCUUCGCUCGCAGCCACUUCAACCGACGCUACCGGAACUUCAACCGAAAGAGAUAUUGCAAAAAGGAAGACGACUAGACACAAUGGUCACAUUUAAUCCAACCGCAUUCACAUAUGAACAGUGAUGUUCCCAUGCAAUAUACGAGUUUACCCGAGACCAACAUGAUAAUGUAAAAAAUAUAAAUCUACAACAAAUAAUUUGGACAAUUAAUUUGACUUCUGAAUCAAGAUUGAAAUCUGGACAAAAUUUUCAAACGAUAAUUAUUUACAUGCUGUGUUGAUAAAAGAUACAUCCUGGCUGUUUUCCUCGUUUGUGUGUUCAGUAACUAGUGGGUAAUAACAAACAAAAAAUGGGCUGUUUAAAACUAUCUUGAUCAUAUGUGACUGCAAAGGUGUAAUUCUUUUGGUGAUGUACUCUAGUAAUCCAGUUGUCAAACAAAAUGUGUGAUGAUACCGCAUUUGACAGUGGUGCAAAAAAGCACAAUUAGC